GGCGCAGGAAAUACGUCACGGGCACGUAGAUGCAGCCAUUUUGUGUCACGUAUUUGCUAUCGGAAAGAUAGACAACACUUAAAUCCGAAUCCUCUGAUACACUUACACUCGGGUCCUCAUAUUCUUUAAUAUCAGUCAGAGAGACAAACAGUUCAAGAUGUUCACCUAUUUAUGGGACAUGGUGUCAGGUGUAUUAAAUUAUUUAGGUUUAUAUAAAAAGUCUGGUAAACUGGUAUUCCUGGGUCUAGACAAUGCUGGCAAGACUACCCUGCUUCACAUGCUCAAAGAUGACAGAAUGGCACAGCAUGUUCCCACCCUGCAUCCAACAUCUGAAGAACUCUCCAUGGGCGGUAUGAAAUUCACGACCUUUGAUCUUGGUGGACAUAAACAAGCCAGAAGAGUUUGGAAGGACUACUUUCCUGCCGUUGAUGGAAUUGUGUUCCUUGUUGAUGCUUACGAUAGAGACCGAUUUGCAGAGGCCAAGUCAGAACUUCAUAGUUUGCUGUCCGAUGAGCAGGUGGCCCAUGCCCCAGUGUUAAUACUGGGAAACAAGAUAGACAAACCUGGAGCUGCCAGUGAGGACGAGAUAAGGGCAGUGUUUGAGCUGCAUGGACACACCACAGGAAGGGGCCAGGUAUCCAGAGCCGACCUUCCCUCCCGGCCAAUGGAAUUGUUUAUGUGUAGUGUGUUGAAGCGACAAGGGUAUGGUGAAGGCUUCCGGUGGAUGGCCCAGUACAUCAACUGAAACUUGUGAUUUCUAGGCAAUAUUCAUUAUGUGGCACGUUAGGGAUGGGUUCCAUCGCGCCCUGGACAAUGUCAGACUAAUGAUUCCUGAAUUUUAUAAGCCUAUUUUGAAAUUUGCAUCUGUACAUAUACAUUUUGAAUGGUGGAUUAUAUGAGUGUAUGCCAACAACAGUGGAGUGCCUGGAACGUUGCUUACUAUUGUAACAUUCAAAUACAGCCACAUGCUGCGUCCAAGAUUCAGAUUUGUCGACAUGUGCGACAACCUCCACGAUGCAGUGAAGUGCUGUAUGUCAGCAUUUGGAACUAGCAUGGACUUGAUGUAGUGCUAUUUGGGAGAAGCCAAUCUGAGACUCUGUAAACCACUGUUUAACCUGACUGUAUUGAAGGCUUAAGAGAUAGAAGAACGAAUCAAAUCUUGAAAUGGUUGUGUUAGCCAUCAGAUUCAUAAAGUGGAAUAACACAAGUUAGUUUUCUACCCUGUACCAUCUUUGACUAAUUAACAUGAUACAUCAAAGGAUUUUAACAUCUGUUUUAUUUGUGUACAUUGCUGUAUGUAUGGUAAAUUCUUAUUUGCUUCCUAAGACUAUUUAUUGUAGAUUCUUGUAAAUCCUCUCCGUUUCCUAACAUGUCUGUACUAUAGUCUGUUCAUCAUCAGGACCUGCUGUCCUCUCAAUAAAGAUAUAUUUCCAUGUUCGUGUGACUGUCGUGUCGAGCUCAGCCUUCAUAGACUUCACAAGCUGAUGGCAUUUUUGAGACUGUAUGAUACGAAAUUGUUUACAAGAUUAAAACUUGUUAGAACAGUA